UUGGUUUUACUCAGUUUUUAUUGAUUUUUUUUUUGGGUUUUGUGAAAGUGAAACUAUUGUUUGUUGUUGUUUUAUUGAAAAAAAUUAAUCAAUUAGCUAGUCGUUGUGUUAUAAACAUACAGUUUUUCUUAUUGUGUUGGAACACCUUAAGAAUAGAAUAUUUACCGCUUGCAAAACAAAAGACUUAAGCCACGAACCUGUUGUCAAUUCUCUAUAAUGAGUCAGUGGUAAAGAUACUGCCAACACGAACAACACCACCACCUUCGACUUGCCAUUUGCUCUGUAAGAGACAUAUUGUACAUCCGCCUUGUUAGGUAUCAAUCGGUCCUCGUUUUAUUCAUGCAUACGUCAAGAGGUCUGCUGCCAAUAUUUGCCAAAAAUCCAAUAUGCACAAAGUCACCUUUGGGAGUGGGAUGCGAGCAGACAUGAUUGCAAAGGCCUUGUUGGCGCUUUCAUCAGUAGCCUUGAUAUUGUUGUCAAUUACGCAUGAAGUGAAGUCUGAAUAUGUUUAUGGGGAACCCAAGUACAAAUGUCCCAGCAGACCCAAGCUAAUAUAUCCUUGUGUAUGCUUUAACAACACCGAUAUUGGCAUCUAUGUACGCUGUGAUAACACAAAUUUGGCCACCUUAUCGGUGGCGUUGCAAAAUUUGGCUGCAUUGGAUAUACCCAUAGAGGAAUUGAUCAUAAACAAGGGACACUUCGAACGUUUAUUUGGUCCCCUAUUCUCCAAAACUGAAGUGAGAAAAUUAACCAUUGAGGAUACACCAUUGGUGUCAUUAGAUGAUUAUGUAUUUUUUGGCAUCAACAAGACCCUAGAGGAACUAUACAUACUCAAUACGAAUUUGGCAAAUAUAUCACCCUUCUCAUUUGGGAUCCUUGGCAAACUUACACAUCUGGUGAUUGAUGGUCAUAAUUUUACCACAUUGGCUAAGAAUUUGUUUGCUGAUCAGUUUAUAGCCAAUAGUGUUGGCGUUAUACGUUUAAUAAAUGGUCCUCUAAAUGAUGUGCCCAUUGAGACAUUUCAGCCUCUUCGUAAACUGAAAACUUUGGACUUGCAUAGCAAUCAAUUGGAAAACUUGAAACGCAAUCAAUUUAAAAAUCUCCGAGAACUGGAAGUCCUUGAUAUUAGUUUUAACAAAAUCAAGAAAUUAGAAGGUCAACACAUUGCCGAUCUAACCAAAUUGGGUUGGUGUAAUGUCUCGAACAAUGCUUUGACGGAGUUGGCUCGUGGUACCUUUGCCCGCAAUGCAGUGCUGAAGGUGUUGCAUUUGUCUCACAACAUGAUUCAGAAAUUGGAUGCCAAUAGUUUCAGAGGAAUGCGAUUUUUGAGACGUCUCUAUUUGAAUGACAAUCGCAUAUCGGAUGUGGGAAGGGGUACUUUUGGUGCCGUGGCUCGUAUUGGUACCAUCGAUUUGGCUCGCAAUGCUUUAAAGAAAGUGGAAUAUCAAAUGUUUACCCAACUCAAUUACAUAGAGAUUCUAAAUUUGGCUGAAAACAAUAUAACCCUUAUAGAAAAGAAUUCCUUUAAGGAUAUCUAUCAAUCUGUGAUAAACAUCUCGCAUAAUGCUUUGGAAAGCAUACAGCCGAAAUCCUUUGAGAAUUGUGUUAAUAUCACCGUAUUGGAUUUGAGUUUUAAUAAAUUGAAGAAUUUUUCCAAGGGCGCAUUUGAUGAGAACACUUUUGCCACGGAAUUUCAAUUGAGCCAUAAUUUCUUGAUAAAUUUGGCUGAUGUGCCUCUCCAAAACAUGUCGGCCCUAAAAAUUCUUAAUGUUUCCCACAACAACAUCAGCAUAGUACCGAAAAAUACCUUCCCCAAACUCUAUGAAUUACACACCAUCGACGUAUCACACAAUAACAUAUCCACCAUCUUCAAUGGUGUCUUCCAAACUCUAUUCUCUUUGCGUUUUGUUGACUUAUCCUACAAUAGUUUGAACGAAAUAAAAUCUUCUAUGUUUGGCACUCUACCAACAAUGCUGGAAUUAAAUCUAAGCCACAAUCUUCUGGUCAACAUAGUUCGGGGUUCCAUGGCCAAAUUAUCGAGUUUGAGAUUUUUAAAUUUAUCCCAUAAUCGUCUGGAGAAGUUAUUCCAAAUACCCAUAUCACUGAAUGAAUUGUAUUUGAACGAUAAUAAUUUGAGUUCCAUACCGCCUGGUACUUGGCCCGUCAUGAAUUCUUUGUUGUACUUGGAUUUGAGUCGAAAUCAACUUGGUGACUCCUUGGAGGAAAGCAGUUUUAAGGGAUUGUUGGUAUUGCAGAAGUUGAAGUUGAUUGGGAAUGGUAUAACUCGACCACCGGCAGAAUGUCUAGCUGGUAUGUCUACUCUACAGUAUUUGUACUUGCAGGACAAUAAUAUCACAGUAUUGGAUAAAAGUGCUUUUGGAAAAUUGCCUGUGCUCUUUGAAUUGAAUUUACAUGGAAAUGGUUUAACAGAGUUGACCAAACGUUCUUUUGAUGGUCUGCUGCAAUUGUUAAACCUAAACUUGUCCUCGAAUGCUUUGAAAACCAUACCCAAUGAGGUAUUUUUUGGAUUGCCAUCACUGCGUAAAUUGGAUUUAUCUCACAACAAGAUAAGCAAAUUAGAUAAUAAAACACAUGGUGUUUUAGACGAUCUGCUCAGUUUGGAGGAGCUCAACUUGAGUCACAACAAAAUAAGUUUUGUCACCAAAAAAACUUUCCCCGAAAAUCCCUAUAUACCCUACAAUCUCAAAUAUUUGGAUUUAUCGUACAAUCAAAUGCCGGUCCUCACCUAUGACAUUACUUUCGGCACCAAGAAACUCUUGAAGCUGAAUUUGUCCCACAACAGCAUUAAUGAAUUGCGUCGCGGUGUUUUGGGCAACUUUACCCGCCUACAAUAUUUGGAUUUAUCCAACAAUGAGCUAAGCAAUCUUCAAUCGGAAGCCCAUCUUUUUGAUUUACCUCAAAAUUUGACUCAAAUCUAUCUGCAGAAUAAUCAAAUUUACAAACUGAACUUCACCAAGUUUCUGAAAGAGGACAAAUUCCUCAAUAUCGAUUUAAGCAAUAAUAGUCUGACGGAGUUUCCCCUGUCUUUGGUGUGGAAUAUACGCAAUGGCACUGAUGUCCGUUUACGGGACAAUCCUUUGCAUUGUAAUUGUGCAGCAAGACCUUUGAAACAUUACACCCUACAAUUGACCAAGUUGACGGAGGAUUUGAAAAAUGUCAUGUGUGAGACUCCGAGUUUGAAUAAAAACAAAUAUCUUUACCAGGUGGAGGAUGAGGCUUUGCAGUGCACUCAGGAGGAUGAAGAGGCCAUGUACCAGGGUUUGGAGUAUCAAAAACUGUCGGAUGUUCGUUUUCGUGAUAUUGUGGUACAACGUGGCAACAUCAGUGUCAUUUGGUUUGUGGUUACCACUCGUGAUGUAGCCGAUUUCAUUGUCUUCAUACGUGAUCGCGAGAACAAUAUCCUUUAUCGUGAAGAUUUUCCCUAUAAUGUGCGUACACUGGACAUACCCGUGUCCAUGUUUAAGGAUAACUUCAAUUUGUAUAGGGAAAUUUGUAUUAUUUCCAAGGAUAGCAAUGGUGAAACUGGAAAUUGGUUCCAUGCCCAAUGUGAUGAAUUGCCACCAUUGAAAGAAGAAAGGCGUUUCUUUUUCUUCCCAGCAAAACCUUCCAGAACUCGUUCGGCCUCUAUGAUGUGGCAUGCAAAUGCUGCCAUAGUUAUUGCUAAUCUUUUACUGCUGAAGAUGGUGUUAUAGUCGAUGCUAGUUUAAGCUCAAAACUGCCUUUCAAAAAAUUGUUGAUACUGCCAAUUUAAAUUAAGAGUUUUAUUUUAAAAUUUUGUUUUGUUUUCAAUAAGAUAAGCGAAUGGUUGUAAUAUAUAUAUUUUUUGUAAAUAUAAAAAUGUUAAUACUCGAGGUGAUAAACAAACAACCUGAAUUUGAAAGUGCAAAAAUUUUUUUUUUGGGUGUAAGAUUUUUCUUUAAAAAAGAUGAUGCUUUGCUUUGAACUCACCUUUGCCUCACAUUAAUUUAAAAUACAUGUUUUAUUAUUGUUAUUCGUUUUUAUUUUUCAGUCCACUUAACCUGAGCAACAAUCAAAUAAUAGACAGGAAGUUAUAA